AUGACUAACAAGAUUGUAGAUUCCAUUCAAUUCAGUCUACAAUCCCGCCAAUUAGGUGCCACGGCUUUCAAAUCGGGGAAUGCAAACCUCGACCAUGUGCUGUCAUUGCAAUUCCGUGUCUAUUAUCACGCAUUGGGAGAUGGAUUGACCACUUCUGUCGCCACGGUGCUGUUAGAUCAAUGUCUUAAAUUGAAUACCAUAUUCAACGAAUCUGUCAUCACAGUGGAGAACCGUGAUUUUGAGGUUCAAGAAUUAGCACAUUUGACCCUUUAUAAUCUGCUGGGCAUAUUAUAUUACCAUACCAAUGACGUGGUCAAUGCUAAGAAAUUCCUUAAUAAGAUGUUGAAUGUUACCUUUAGCAAGCAAAUAGUUUCUCAUAAUGAAGAUUUUAUUACAUUGCUACGUUUGGAGAAUCUUUAUUAUAGAGGGUUGCUCUUAACUAGAGAUGAGGGAACCAGUCUAUAUUAUACUGAAUUAUUGAAGAUUUUAAACAAGAUACCACAAACUUCAGAGGGGCAACUGCAUCAAUAUCUUUAUUUAAUAUCUGAAUUCUUGACUCAGAAUGGGAAGAUCAAACCAUCACACAUUCUAAAAUCUUUCAAAGUGACCAACCCAUUAACAUGUCUAUUGUCUAUCCUCUCAUUAGAUAAAUUAUCUGAACAAGAUCUUGAUUUGAAUGGUAUAGAUGGUAUGUUUCUUUCCUUGGGUAAUAAAGUUUUACAAAACUCAAAAUUCCCUAAUGCAAACGAAAUAAAUAAUCCUCAAUUGAAACAGGUUCAUUUCUUCUUACAAUAUUAUUUUAAAAAUUGUUUCCAUAAGAAUUCUUCAAUGGGAAAGGAAGAUAAAAACAAAUGGCAUAGAUUUAUAAUAGAUUCCAUGGGAAAGACCUUCCGAAGCACAAUCGUAUCCAAGACUGCAAUGAUUUUUUUCAAUUUGAUAGAUUCACGAAGAGAGGCCAUCUUAAACUUCGUUAAUAUCAUCAAAUAUACGGAAAAGGAACGUGAAUUGAAUCAUGGAAUUUAUAAAAACAUUGUAUCAUUCAUUGAUUCAUACGCCAUAAUCCUAUCAUCAUGUAGUAAGUCUAAUGAUAUCGAGGGCAUAUUCAAUUUUCAAAAGACAACAACACAAUUACAUAACUUAUUAAUAUUGUUUUACAAGGAUUAUCAAUUUCCUUUGCAACAACAACAACCAUUAUCAAAUGAUAUUCAAAUGAGUACAUCGACAAAAUUACAUUUACCCAAAAAUGUCACCACAACUUUACUCCAGGCAUGGAAUACAUUAUACAACUGUGGAAAGAGUAACUUACCAGAUAUAAUAUCAGGUAAAUUAUCAGAAUACCUACUAAACGCAAUGUCCUUACACACAACGAACAAACAAGAAACUGUAAAUUUACAGUUCCAAUUUGCAUAUAAUUUAGCUCAACAGAAUCGGAUUGAACAAUGUAUCACCUUCUUGGAAGAUGAAUUAUUGUUGUCUAAUCAAUUCUGUUAUAAGGCUUGGCAUUUAUUGGCAUUAUGUUAUUCCACACAAGAAGAUAAGGAGAAAAGUUAUAAAAUUGUCAAUUCUGCCUUGAAUGCUAUGCUUGAAGUGAAUGAUACCCCUCAAGAAUGGAGUUGGAAGGAAAGGUGGCAGCUUAUACAAUUAAAACUGACUCAAUUACAAUUGGUAGAGGAAAUAUUUGGGACUGUGGAAGCAUUACAAAUGUUGGAAGAAUUAUUUGAUUUGUAUAAUGAUUUAUUUGAUGAUUCCAAUGAACUUGUGAUACAACAAGAGGCUGCUAUUAGGAAAAACAUCUUAUUAAGGAAAGAAUUUUUGUUACAGAUGAUUUGGUUAUUUGCAGGUAAUCUGUAUAUGAAACUGGGUGGUGAGGAUGGGUUAAAGGAAACAUCAGAUGCUAUAAAUGAGGCUAAAAAAAUUGGAAAGGAAUUUAAUAAUUUGAAUGCAUCAAUUUUAACAGGAUAUAUGUAUAUGAAUAGAGGUGAGUCCAAAAAGGCCUUAAAGGAAUUUGAAAAAGUAUUGUAUUAUGAUGACAGUAAUGUGGAAGCAUUAAUUGGGUUUGCCGGUUUAGUUUUCCCAGAGAAUUUAACUGACGAGGAACAAGAUUUGGAAAAAUAUUAUAAAUUCAACAUACUACCAAUGAAUGAAGACCUGGAAGAAUCAACAUCAGAAUCAACGACAACACCCACCAUACAGACAACACAAGAAUUGAUACCCAAGCAUUCCGUGAGUGAAUCAAUAUUUGUCAACGAAAUAGAUGAGUCAGCAGGGAUAGCACGAUUAAAAUUCCUUUUAGAAUGUUCCAUCAUGAACUCGUUGGAGGCAUACCAUUCACCAGACAUUUGGUGGUACUUAGCAUUAAUUUAUGAGAAAUAUCAAGAUAAAGAGUAUGAAAAGUCGUUAUUAAAUUGUAUUAAAUUCCAGGAGAACAAUCCGAUUCGGGCGUUUAAAUAUUGUAACUAUUAA